CUGGACAACUUGCUGUUAAUGAGAUCAUAUGACACAACCUGCGACAAUGAUGUUUCAACUGUGACUUCUUCAUCGCACGUUUCUGGAGUCGCUUUCGGGGCAGCUGGACGCAGACUAGAAGACACUAGGUCUCCAGCGUCCCACCGACCGCAUCUAAAUUAGCAUAAUGAGCACUGCACGGCUUCGGAAAACAUUCAAGUACCCCUCCGAAGAUGAUGAGGACAUGUCGCACGAAGAAAUGGACGAAGAAGAACAAGAACACCUCCUCCAGAAUCUCCAGGCCUCAGAGAUCUCCACGAACGCCAUCUACACCAUGGUGUUUACGGGCCUGCCACUCAUCGUCACCCUCCCGUUCAUGUGGUACCUCUCGAUGUCGACUUCGAGAGCCAUGGCGUUUUUGUGCCUAUUGAGCAUCACCUCGCUCGCGUCCAGCGCCUAUAUCAUGUAUAUGAUCCCUACAUCGACCCCACUGGGAUCUCUCUCUGCUACUACGCGUACCGCCCCUCCCACACGACAGCGACAGACGUACGGCACGGGAAUCUCUCAAACGGGCUUCCUAUUAACGUCCGCCGAGAGUCCCAUCAAUCAGUACCUGCCUUACCUCAACGCAUUCAUUGGCGCUCUGCUCUUCAUUGCGUCAAUGGGAUAUCGCUCGCGAACCGACGUCCCGGAGGGACUGUGGCUGUUCUUAUUGCUUCCCGGCCUCAUUUUUGGAAUGGUCUUCAUCACGAGGAGGAGCAUGUCGGACGUUCAUGCGGGACUGGCCGAAUUGGAUGGCCUGAGGUACGAGUAUAGGGGAGCCUGAUUGUAUUUAGUAGGCAAGUGACCGCGUCGACUCUACCACGAAAGAUGUUCGGGAAUCAUUUUGUACAAUGAUAGGAUACAUUGUCUUUCCGCGAUUGCAUGGGAAUGAGCACUUAAUGAAACAGGCUUGAUUCUUCGUGGCCAAAGUUUGAAAUAUGGACAGACAGGCCUGGGCGCCGCGGUGUAAUGAUACAAAUGGGCUCAAAGCCGU